AUUCCUAGCGGGUCGGAACUCCUGUUGACAUGUGUCUUCUCGCCAGCAACUAAUAAGUGACUGCUCACGGUGGAAGGUGUUUUGUCAGUUUUGUUUGUGUAGGAGCUCCAGGACCAUUGUAAAGACAUCGUUGUGGGAUAAUAAUGACUCCUCCGAGGCUGACAGGAGCUUUACGUUCCUUCUCCGAUGUCACCCGCAAGGAGGAUUUCAACGAGAAGCUCUAUGAUCUUAAGACCAAACGUCUGAAGAAACAGGAACUGUUCGCCAAAGAAGGGCUAUCAUGGCAGAGAAUUUCCCACUUCUGCACUGACCAUCAGGACAAAGUGAAGCAGGAUGCUGCUCAGCAAGAAUUAAAAAGCCUUCUUCUGGCAGCCAAACAGAUAGUGGGUACUGAAAAUGGUCAGGAGGCAAUCGAACACGCUGCUGUCUUUCUGUUUGAGACCUUUCACAACAAAGACCAUGUGGGGACCGAGGAGACCCGUGCCAUCAAACAGAUGUUUGGCCCUUUUCCUUCAUCUGCCGCUGAAAUGUCCUGUGCCUGUGUGGUACGGUUGGUGGCAUCUCUGGGAGAGUCCGAAAUUGAGGAAUUUAUCCAAUCCCAUUCCUCUCGUCAGAAACCUCAACAAGGCUCCACUUUUGGACGCAACAUUACCUUCUCCCAUGAUUGCUAUACACUGGAACCACUGGAAGAACUGCCCUGCCCCAGCCUCCAGGAUCAAAAUGUGAACUUGGACUUUACUAACUUCCUAAAUAAACAGCAAAUUGAGCGGAAUGUUGUCAACGAGGGAGAUAUGUUCUCAGGAAGAGCUUCUGUGCAUGAAACUGUUCUAAUGACAGAAGUGGAGAAGUAUCUGAACGGAGGAAACAUGAUUUCAUCUCGCCCAGAAGAUCUAUGCACCUCCCUUUUUGAGAUGUUGGCCUCCGAUAAAAGCAAUGAUGAGCUGCAGAAUGAGCUAUUUGAGCUGCUUGGCCCAGAAGGUCUCGACAUGAUCUCUACCCUCCUGCAGCAAAGACCAGCUAUUGUUGACUCUCUGCUAAACAUGCCACCUCCUGCUCAGUCACAUUUGGGCUAUUUACAUGAUGCUGGCCGAAAAGGCACUGAUGAUGUUUCACGGCCUACCUAUGGCUGCCAAGUGACCGUCCAGUCGGAACAAGAAAAACAGUUGAUGAAGAUAUUCCGCAGGGAGGAGAAGAGAGAGAGGAAGAAGGGGAAAGGAACAGAUGAUGUGGAAUGCUCUGAUGCUCCCCUGAACUUUGACCCCAGAGAGAUGAGAGCCCAGCGGGAGCAUGCUCUGUUGACUGCCCGCCAGGAACCUUUGCUUUGUAGAGAGAGAGUGUAUGAACGGAUCAAAUACCCAAAUGUCUAUGACAGCUACGCUGAGGCCGCAAAGACACCUGCCUUUGUCGGAGGCGCUCGGAUGCUGCUUCCUGAGGGAAUCCGCAGAAAUAAUGUCAAAAUGUAUGAAGAAGUGGAAAUCCCACCCAAUGAGCCCCAACCUAUUGGAUUUGAAGAGAAACCCAUCUACAUCUCUCAACUGGAUGAGAUCGGACAGUUGGUUUUCAAAGGAAUGAAGCGCCUUAACAGGAUCCAGUCAUUGGUGUUUGAGACCGCCUACAACACCAAUGAAAACCUACUGAUCUGCGCCCCAACUGGUGCUGGCAAGACCAACAUUGCCAUGCUGACUGUUCUUCACGAGAUCCGCCAACACCUGCAGCCUGGCGGCGUCAUCAAAAAGGAUGAAUUCAAGAUCGUGUACGUUGCUCCAAUGAAGGCCUUGGCAGCGGAAAUGACUAAGUACUUCAGUAAACGAUUGGAGCCUCUGGGCAUCGCCGUCAAAGAACUCACUGGUGACAUGCAGUUAACCAAAGGGGAGAUCCUUCGAACACAGAUGUUAGUGACCACCCCAGAGAAGUGGGACGUUGUGACCAGAAAGAGUGUUGGAGACAUUGCUCUCUCUCAGAUCGUUCGGCUCCUAAUAUUGGAUGAAGUUCACCUUCUUCAUGAAGAUCGAGGACCAGUGUUGGAGAGCCUUGUGGCCCGGACCAUCAGACAGGUGGAAUCUACCCAGAGCAUGAUAAGGAUCCUGGGAUUGUCAGCCACACUCCCCAACUAUCUGGAUGUGGCCACUUUCUUGCACGUCAACCCAUAUAUUGGCCUCUUCUUCUUCGACAGUCGUUUCAGACCAGUGCCACUCGGACAGACCUUUGUUGGCAUCAAAGCUACUAAUAAGAUCCAGCAAAUGCAUGACAUGGAGGAGGUGUGCUAUAACAAAGUUUUCGAGCAAGUUAAAGCUGGUCAUCAGGUAAUGGUGUUUGUCCACGCUCGUAAUGCCACUGUGAGGACAGCCAUGGGGCUAAUCGAGAUGGCUAAGAACCAUGGAGAAACAUGCGUCUUUCAACCAGACCAAGGUCCUGACUAUGGCCAGUGUGAAAAACAGAUCCAGCGCUCCAGGAACAAGCAAAUGAAGGAGAUGUUUCCGGAAGGUUUUGGGAUCCACCAUGCAGGCAUGUUGCGACCUGACCGCAACUUAAUGGAAAGCAUGUUCUCCAGAGGGUACCUCAAAGUGUUGGUCUGUACUGCCACUCUGGCCUGGGGAGUCAACCUGCCAGCCCACGCUGUUAUCAUCAAGGGCACACAAAUUUAUGAUGCCAAGCGUGGCGCCUUGGUGGACCUGGGCAUUUUAGAUGUGAUGCAGAUCUUUGGCCGUGCAGGACGUCCACAGUUCGACAAGUAUGGAGAGGGCACCAUCAUUACCACCCAUGAGAAGCUCAGCCAUUACCUUACUCUGCUAACCCAGGCGAACCCCAUUGAAAGUCAGUUUCUUGACAGCCUGGCUGACAACCUUAACGCUGAGAUUGCUUUGGGGACAGUCACCAAUGUGGAUGAGGGGGUAAAGUGGCUCAAUUACACCUACCUCUAUGUGCGCAUGAGGGCCAAUCCGCUGGCAUAUGGUAUCAACUACAAGGCCCUCCAGAUGGAUCCCAAUUUAGAGCUGUACAGAAAGGAGCUGAUGAUAGAGUCAGGCCGGAAGCUGGACAAAGCCAGGAUGAUUCGCUUUGAUGAGCGCACCGGCUACUUUGCCUCCACAGACUUGGGGAGGACAUCCAGUCAUUUUUACAUCAAAUACAACACUAUAGAGACUUUCAAUGAACAUUUCAACUCUCAGCGAACAGAAGCAGACAUCCUCAGUAUUGUGUCCAAGGCUGAGGAGUUUGAGCAGUUAAAGGUUCGCGAUGAAGAGAUGGAGGAGCUGGAACAGAUGCUGUGUAACUACUGUGAGCUGCCCGCAGCAGGCGGUGUGGAAAAUGGCUAUGGCAAGGUCAACAUUCUGCUACAGACGUACAUAAGUCGAGGAGAUGUGGACAGCUUCUCCCUCAUCUCAGACCUUUCAUAUGUGGCACAGAAUGCUGCUCGAAUUGUCAGGGCAUUGUUUGAGAUUGCCCUAAGAAAGCACUGGCCGGCCAUGACUUACCGACUGCUCACACUCAGUAAAGUCAUUGACAAGAGACUUUGGGGCUUCGCCCACCCUCUUCGGCAAUUCCCCAACUUGAGCCACGUUGUACUCAACCGACUGGAGGAGAAGAAGCUCACCGUUGACAAACUGAAAGAAAUGAGGAAGGAUGAAAUUGGCCACAUGCUGCAUCAUGUAAACAUUGGGUUGACAGUCAAACAGUGUGUGCAUCAGAUCCCAUCAAUCACAAUGGAGGCCAGUAUUCAACCAAUUACACGAACUGUCCUGCGCGUCCGCCUUAUUGUCACUCCAGACUUCCGUUGGAAUGACCAGGUGCAUGGCUCUGUGGGUGAGCCAUGGUGGUUAUGGGUUGAGGAUCCCAUCAAUGAUCACAUCUACCAUUCUGAAUAUUUCCUACUCCAGAAAAAACAGGUGGUGACAUCAGAGCCCCAGCACAUUGUGUUUACCAUCCCCAUCUUUGAACCGCUACCCACUCAGUACUACAUCAAGGCAGUGUCUGACCGUUGGCUUGGUGCUGAAGCCGUCUGCAUCAUCAAUUUCCAGAACCUUAUCCUACCUGAGCGACACCCCCCACACACCGAGCUGCUGGACCUGCAGCCAUUGCCAGUGAGCGCUCUGGAUAACCGGGAGUUUGAAAGCUUGUACAAGUUCACUCACUUCAAUCCUAUCCAGACUCAGAUCUUCCACACACUGUAUCACACUGAUACCAAUGUUUUACUCGGGGCCCCAACGGGCUCUGGAAAGACCAUUGCUGCUGAGAUGGCCAUGUUUAGAGUGUUCGACAAGUACCCUGGCAGCAAGGUGGUGUACAUUGCCCCACUCAAAGCUCUGGUCAGAGAGAGAAUUGACGACUGGAAAGUCAGGAUAGAGGAAAAACUGGGAAAGAAAGUGGUGGAGUUGACGGGCGAUGUGACGCCAGAUAUGAGAGCUAUCGCGCAGGCUGACCUCAUUGUCACCACACCUGAGAAGUGGGAUGGAGUGAGCAGAAGCUGGCAAAACAGGAGCUAUGUUCAGAAAGUAGCGAUCUUGAUCAUUGAUGAAAUACACCUGCUCGGGGAAGAUAGAGGUCCUGUGUUGGAAGUCAUCGUCUCCAGGACCAACUUCAUCUCCUCCCACACCUCUAAAACUGUUCGAGUAGUAGGUUUGUCUACUGCUCUGGCUAACGCUCGAGACCUUGCUGACUGGCUGGGAAUCGUUCAGGUCGGUUUGUUUAACUUCCGGCCUUCUGUUCGUCCUGUACCACUGGAAGUUCACAUCCAUGGAUUUCCGGGACAGCACUACUGCCCUCGCAUGGCCACCAUGAACAAACCAACCUUCCAAGCAAUACGUACCCACUCUCCUGCUAAGCCAGUGCUGAUCUUUGUCUCAUCCCGACGUCAAACUCGACUGACAGCCCUGGACCUCAUUGCAUACUUGGCAACCGAAGACAACCCCAAACAAUGGCUACAUCAGGAUGAGAGAGAAAUUGAGGACAUCAUCGCCACAGUACGAGAUUCUAACUUGAAGCUAACCCUGGCCUUUGGAAUCGGGAUGCACCACGCUGGCUUGCACGAGCGAGACAGGAGGACCGUGGAGGAACUCUUUGUCAACUGCAAGAUCCAGGUUUUGAUUGCAACAAGCACUCUGGCUUGGGGAGUAAACUUUCCUGCUCAUCUGGUGGUUGUUAAAGGAACUGAAUACUACGAUGGAAAAACAAGACGAUACGUGGACUACCCCAUAACAGAUGUUUUGCAGAUGAUGGGCCGAGCAGGUCGCCCUCAGUUUGAUGACCAGGGCAAAGCAGUUAUUCUUGUCCAUGACAUCAAAAAAGAUUUCUACAAGAAAUUUCUUUACGAGCCUUUCCCAGUGGAGUCCAGCCUCCUCAGUGUGUUGUCAGACCACCUGAAUGCUGAGAUUGCUGCUGGAACCAUUUUGUCAAAGCAGGAUGCAAUGGACUACAUCACCUGGACGUACUUUUUCAGACGAUUGGUGAUGAACCCCAGCUAUUACAGUUUAGAAGACAUCAGCCAUGAUUCCAUUAAUAAAUUCCUCUCCAACCUGGUGGAAAGGAGCCUGCGGGACUUGGAGUGCUCCUACUGCAUUGAGAUUAAAGAGGACGACCGAGCGAUUCAGCCUCUGACUUAUGGUCGCAUUGGUUCAUAUUACUACCUGAAGCACCAGACCAUCCGCUUGUUUAAAGAAAGACUGAGGGCUGAGCUUUCCAUCAAGGAUAUUCUCUCCAUUCUGACAGAUGCAGAAGAGUAUGCAGAACUGCCUGUGAGACACAAUGAAGACCAACUCAACAGCCAGCUGGCUCAACAGCUCCCCCUGGAGGUCAACCCUCACUCCUAUGACAGCGCUCACACAAAGACGCACUUGCUGUUGCAGGCUCACUUUAGCCAUGCUCAGCUACCAUGCACCGACUACUCAACUGACACCAAGACCGUUCUGGACAAUGCCAUUCGAAUCUGUCAGGCCUUGCUGGAUGUUGCAGCCAAUGAGGGCUGGCUUGUUUCAGCUUUAAGUAUCUGCAACCUCGUGCAGAUGAUUGUCCAAGGCCGGUGGCUACACGAUUCUUCGCUACUGACCCUGCCACACGUGGAACAGCAGGACCUCUACCUGUUCAGAAAAUGGUCAAACCGUAAGGGGAGGGCAGACAGAGGAGGCUACAAUGGACCAAUAGAUGGACUCCCCGAGCUGAUCAAUGCCUGCAAUGGAAAGGACAGCAUUUUUGCAUCCAUCGUAGGCCAAGAGUUAUCGUCAAGCCAUGUUGCCCAGGCAUGGGCCUUCCUCAGCCAUCUGCCAGUACUAGAGGUGGGGUUGAGUGUGAAGGGUUGGUGGGAAGAGAACCAGGAACAAACAGAGCGCCCCCUGCCUGCAGCGGCAGCCAACCUGAGGGAGGAACGCAACUGGCUGGAAGUUCAUGCUGACCAAGAGUAUGUUUUGCAAGUGACACUUCGACGCAUCAACAUGGGCCAACAGAGGAGGAAGCAGGACAAUAAGGCUCAGGCUCCAAGGUUCCCUAAGGUCAAAGAUGAAGGCUGGUUCCUGGUCAUCGGCGAAGUAGACCACAAGACCCUGCUGGCGGUCAAACGAGUGGGAUAUGUGCGCAACCACACUAACGUGUCCAUUGCCUUCUACACACCAGAGAAUGUUGGAAAGUGUAUCUACACACUCUACUUGAUGAGUGACAGCUACCUGGGUCUGGACCAACAAUAUGACAUUUACCUCAAUGUGACACCUGCUAGCAUUGCUGCCCAGGUCAACACUGAGGUCGCGGACUAGAUGACACAUUUCAUCACCAUCAGAACAGACCAGUCAACACAUUUUCACAUCAUUGUUUUCUUAAAUCUGGAUCUUUUUUUAUACUUACCGUAUUUUUCGGAUUAUAAGUCGCUCCGGAGUAUAAGUCGCACCGGCAGAAAAUGCAUAAUAAAGAAGGAAAAAAACAUAUAUACGUCGUACUGGAGUAUAAGUCGCAUUUUUGGAGGAAAUUUAUUUGAUAAAAUCCAACACCAAGAAUAGACAUUUCAAUCAAUCAAUGUUUAUUUAUGUAGCCCCAAAUCACAAAUGUCUCAAAGGACUGCACAAAUCAUUACGACUACGACAUCCUCGGAAGAACCCACAAAAGGGCAAGGAAAACUCACACCCAGUGGGCAGGGAGAAUUCACAUCCAGUGGGACGCCAGUGACAAUGCUGACUAUGAGAAACCUUGGAGAGGACCUCAGAUGUAAGGCAGUUUAAAAUAAAUAAAGAAUAGUGAACAACAGGCUGAAUAUGAGGCAUAAAUAACCAACUGCUAUGUUAACCUAACAUAUUAUGGUAAGAGUCAUUCAAAUAACUAUAACACAUAGAACAUGCUAUACCUUUACCAAACAAUCUGUCACUCCUAAUCGAUAAAUCCCAUGAAAUCUUCUACCUCGAUGUUGCUUCUAAACAACUCUGCCAACUCCAAAGGUAUGCGCCGCUUCCUCUUGUCGUUUUCUGCUGCAUAUUUCACUACGUCCAUCUUGUAAUCUACAGUACAUGAUUUCCCUUUCGGUGCCAUUUUUGUUCAGCCCUUCUCAGUUUUUAUAAGUUUCCCCCAACGUUGAAAGGAUCCAUUUUAUAUAUAAUUGAUUGAUUGAUACUUUUAUUAGUAGAUUGCACAGUACAGUACAUAUUCCGUACAAUUGACCACUAAAUGGUAACACCCCAAUAAGUUUUUCAACUUGUUUAAGUCGGGGUCCACGUUAAUCAAUUCAUGGUAACAUAUAGCAGUUAGCAUCCCAUGACCCACAAUGCACUUCUGCCAUGACCCUCCCCCGCCGAAUUUUUAUUGGCUGACGUGUGUGUGACGAUUGCUGACAUUUCCUUCGGCGAAUUAGAUAAAUAAUAUUAUUUGAUAUUUUACGGUAACGUGUUAAUAAUUUCACACAAGUCGCUCCGGAGCAUAUGCCAAACUAUGAAAAAAAACUGCGACUUACAGUCCGAAAAAUACGGUAAUCAGGGACACAAGUUGAUUGGUAGGGAUUGCGGUAAGAAGAGAAGAGAAGGUAACGUUUGAGAUAAAUGCAAGACUCUUUCCUGCACCUCACAUACCUGACCAAAGCUCCAAAAGUACUUGUUAAAAACAGUUUGGUGCAAGAAACAAUCCCCGUUCCAGCUUCUCUUAGGCCUAACAUGCUUGUUACGUUAAUAUGAAGAAUCUAAAUGGCCCAAAGUGUGAAUUGUGAAUUGCUAUCCAGGGUGUAUCUCUUUUGCAGAUGCACCUAAACAUGUAGAAAAAAAACAUGAUGUCACGUCAAACUGAAAUGGACUAAAAUGCUAUUUAAUUCAAUUCUGACUUUUAGAGACUGUUGUCCCUGACAAGGUCAUGUGCAAGUUCCCCCUACACAUGCACCCGCUGACCAAAGACCGACUAGCGACGCCUCAGUGAGUGUGUGGCACACUAACUAUCUGCAUUGACACUGCACAGGUACUGUGUUGGUGUUUCAUUAUGGUCAUCCGCCAUCUGCGGGAUUAUAAAAGUCACUACAUUUAUUCCGCAAUUAAAAUAGCAGUUAGGAAAUCUAAGGUUUUUGUUUGUUUGUUUUUUUUAAUGAAUAGUUGUGCAGAAAGGAAUAUUAGAUGUGUAUAAUAACUCUGAUUAAUGAGCCAAAUAGUAAAAAAUAGAAGAACUUUUACCUUACCACAUUUUGUAUUUUUUAUGUUAAUUUUUUAAGUUACAUUUAUUUUUUAAUUGUUGUUUUUUUUUUCUUAGUUCAAUUUAGAUCAAUGAUAGUGACUAAAACUAAUAUUAUUUAGUACGAGAUGUCACUCAGGACCGAAAUAAGUGUGUUUUUUUAAACUCAGUCUGGUACUCUGCACAGCAGCCAAUCGGUCACAUUUUUUGUCCUUAAAGUGACGCACACAUCGAGGCUUCGAACUCGUGUGUUAUAAGGCAGUGGUCCCCAACCUUUUUGUAUCCGCGGACCGAUCAACGCUUAAAAAUUUGUCCCCAGGCCUGGGGGGGGUGUCCUUUUUUUUUUUUUUUUCUUCUUUGUCAUGAAAAAGGGACGUUUUUGUCAUGAAAAAGGGGAGUUUUUUGUGGUUAUUGCACUAUUUGUAAGUGUAUAUUGUGUUUUUUAUGUUGAUUUAAUUGUUUUAUUUUUUUUUUUAGAAAAAAUUAUUCUGCGGCCUGGUGGUUGGGGACCACUGUUAUAAGGCAUCGAUGCGUCAGUAUCGUUUGACCCAUCAGUAUUAUUUGAUCCGGCUCCGCUUGGGAUGGUUUCCUGCUGGCUCCGCUGUAAACGGCACUCUCGCUGCUGUGUUGGAUCCGCUUUGGACUGGACUCUCGCGACUGUGUCGGAUCCAUUAUGGAUUGAACUUUCACAGUAUCAUGUUAGACCCGCUCGACAUCCAUUGCUUUCCUCCUCUCCAAGGUUUCUCAUAGUCAUCAUUGUCACCGACGUCCCACUGGGUGUGAGUUUUCCUUGCCCUUAUGUGGGCCUACCGAGGAUGUCGUAGUGGUUUGUGCAGCCCUUUGAGACACUAGUGAUUUAGGGCUAUAUAAGUAAACAUUGAUUGAUUGAUUGAUUGACCUAUAGCAUUAAUUACAGCAAAAGUCUCACAGAAAUGAUGAACAUGUACAAUGAGUGCCAUGGGAAAUUAUGCAAUUUGACCUAAUAGGUCUAAAAAAUAUAUUGUUUGCAAACCAAAGGAUAUUUUUCUGGCAUCGGAGCUGGUGCAAAUAUCACAAUAUAAAAAAUAAUUUUGAACCCUAUACAUUCCUGUCUGGAUCCAGCAAAAAUGCGACAAACCUACUGUAAAUGACUGAUGGACGGUAAUCACUGGAAAGAACAGAAACCUUGGCUUCAGUAUAGAAAGACUUUGAAAGCUGAAGAUUUACUGUCAUUUGGAGAUAGCAUUUGCAAAUGUAACUGAUGCCAGCUGGCUGUGCUGUAGGAUGUUGUGUAAACCUCAAUGCUCGACACCCUAAGAGACAAGCUGGACUACAAGCUGACAGCUGCACGGUUUUAGUUCAGCGCUGCUGGAUUUAUUUCUCAUUUUGGGCCUGGGAUCCAGUCCCGUCCAUGGCUUUGAUGUUAAAGAUAAAAAAUAAAACAUUUGGAAAAGUUUGGCAGGCUGGAUUAAAUAUAGUAAUUUGCUGUUUAUGUAUAUAUAUAUUUAUAUAUAUAUGCUUUUAUGCAGCCUUAUCACAAUGAGGUUUAAAAGCAGGUUUUUGGGCAUAAAGUAUGGUGUUUUAUGCUGAUCUUUGGUAAUUACAGUGUAUUUGUUUUAUAAAUGCAUCUGUUGCAAAGAA